AAGCAAUGAUGACAACAGCAGCAGCGGCAAGUAGAAAAGUGUUCUGUUCUUUUCACAAAAUUACUCCCCUACUACAAACUGCCCUAGCUCAAAGAAGAAGCUUUGUUCUUCCAUGGCUCCUCCAUUCUAUUCCCUUCCUCUUUCUCUUCAUCACUCACAGUCUCACCUCUCACUAUGCGUCUUUGUUCAGCCAGAGAAUCCUCAAGGCACCAGGAUUACCAUUAUGGGUUUUGUCUACUGUGACGCAUAGUAGACAGAGUUACUUCUUGCCAGGUAAAUACACAUUCAAAAGCUCAUUCCUUUGGGUCAGGGUUGUUUUUAUAGUAGUGAGUUUAAGAUUGAUAUAUGAUUUGAGUCCUGCAUAAGUGACAACCAAUGUUGGAGAUUCAGUACACAGCAGUGCUUCAAGAAGUGAAAAAAGAAAAAAUUUAUAAUGUUUAAAUGGCUUCGUCCAGGUUUGAACCGGACACCUUGAGUGUGUUAGACUAACAUGAUAACCAACUACACCACAAAACCAUUUGUAAAGAUUACGUAGUUGUUAUUAUUAGUACUAAGUGUUCCUUAUAAUGCAGGUUUAAAAUUGUGCAGCCAUUUUAGAGAAUCUGAGAUGUAAGUUCGGUACGUUUUUCUAUUUCCCCAGUUUCUGUGAAGUUUAGUUGAAAUUUCGGUUAAGCAAAACCUAAACUGAUAUAUCAUUUGGGCUUCGAAUUUCGACAAUGAAACACUAGUUUUAAUCUCAACUAAUUAUUGAUUUUGGGUCUAUAAAUACUCGUUUGUUUCAUUUCGGUUGAACCAGAACCCAAAUUGAUCCCAUGCCUUCUUUCUUAAAGUGGAUACUGAUUCUUGAAAAGUUGAGAUUAUCAGAUGAGCGAAUUGUGCUCCACCUUAGCCAUCCAAACAAAGCUCUGUUACUGAUGGAUAUUGAGCUCCACCUAUAUAAUGCUAACUUAUGGAUGGGUUUCAUUUCCAUUAUCAUCAGAUGCUAAGGUUCACGUUCAAUGCAUAUUGAGAGCAAGCUCGCCAAGAACAGAAGAACAGAUCCACUUCUCAGUCAACACAGAACAACCAACAAGUAUGGAGUCUACAAGCUUGAAAUCCCCAACGGUCGAAGCAAUCGACUGUGUCGAUGAUGGCUCAUCUAUUCAAUCAAUGUGUCAAGCAAGUUUGAUCAAGUCCCCAGCUUCAACCUGCAGCCUUCCUGGUCUCAGAACCACAGGAGACCAAAUCUCAGGGAAAUCUAGGCAGGCAGAAUUUCUGCAUCUAGAACUUCAGUGCCUUGAGUUACAAGGCAAUCGAAAUUUCUCGAACUCUUUGCAGGAAGGUGAAGGAAAGGUUUCCUCCAUUGCCUCCUGUUGCUCCACCUUAACAUAUGGGGGAGGGAGGAGAAGCUUACCAUCGUCUUAUAUGUUUGUACUCUGAUGACAGCUAAAGUAAACUGUUCUUCUAUUAGUUGGUUGGACUAUACCAAUUUACAUUAUAACAGAACAAGAUAAGACGCAAGUCCAUGAUAUAUGUCAGGUUCUUUUCAGAUGUUUCAACAAAAUAUUAGCUCCUGA